CUAGCAGGUACACUUACUUGUUCACUCAGUCACUCUCUCCUCUCCCGGUCUGGGACGUGUAACACUGCUGUGUCUGUAGCUUUCUAACAGACGACACUCCAUACACAGACAUGAUGCCUCGCAUCUUCCUCAUCUGCUUGAGUUCUCUGCUCCUCCUCCUCUUCCUCUCCUCCUCUGCGCUUUCGGAACCCCGCCGACGGUCGUCAUCCUCACCACGCAUCAGGACCGCGCGCGCUCCGGUUUCAAAGGUGCGCCUGGCGGGAAACUUCGCCCGGGGACUGAACGAGGGUCGCGUGGAAGUGCUUCACAACAGCACGUGGGGGACGGUGUGUGAUGACGACGUGGAUAUCAACCUAGCCAAAGUCGUUUGCCGCGAGCUGGGCUUUCAGACCGGCAUCACGUGGGCCCAUAGUGCCAAAUAUGGAGAGGGUGUUGGUCCUAUCUGGAUGGACAACGUGCGUUGUGACGGCACAGAGAAGACUGUGAAAAACUGUAAACAUAACGGCUGGGGGGUCAAUGAUUGCAAGCACUCUGAGGACCUUGGCGUGGUCUGCAGUCCGGAGCGACGACUGGACCAUGUCACGGGGUCACGUAAUGGUCAGUCAGUGGCCCUGCGUCCGGAUGUCAGCGUCUCGCCCCAGUGGCAAAGCAUCCUGGCCAGCCGCAGUAACCCCCGACAGGCCCAUCAUGGGAACGGACACCCUCCAGAGAGGCCCAGCCCGAGACAGCACCACUACAACCCGUAUUCCAGCAAGGUGCGUAUCCAGGAGGUGCGUCUGCGGCCCAUCCUGAUGCACACUAAGAAGCGGGCCCUGAUCACUGAGGGCGUGGUGGAAGUAAAGCAUGCUGGGAGAUGGAGGCAGGUGUGUGACCUGGGCUGGAACCUCAACAGCAGCAGAGUGGUGUGUGGAAUGCUGGGGUUCCCUGAGGCAGAACUACACAACGAAAGAACAUACAAGAAAAUCUGGGACACCAAGCUUGCUGAUCCAUCCACAAAGCUGAGCCUCAUGGCUAGUAAGAAGAGUUACUGGGUAGAGAAGGUUCACUGCCUGGGGUCAGAGACCAGCCUAUCAGAGUGUCACACUCAGCUGUCCAUCCCACUUAGCCCUUCCCCUUGUAAGAGCGGGAGACACGCAGUGGCGAGGUGUGUACUGGGAACACAGUUUGCGCGCAUGUCAUCUGGAAGACCCCAGGCACCCCACCCAAUUGUACCGGUGCGUCUGAAGGCUGGCCCCAGGCUGGGCGAGGGCCGUGUGGAGGUGUUGAAGGAGGGGAAGUGGGGUACCAUCGUAGACCACCUGUGGGACCUCAACUCAGCCAGCGUGGUGUGCAGGGAGCUGGGCUUCGGAACUGCCAAGGAGGCCCUCACAGGAGCUCACAUGGGACAAGGUACUGGUCCUAUCCAUAUUAACAGUGUCCAGUGUUUGGGGACAGAGAAGUCUAUCCUAGAAUGUAACUUCCAGGAUGCCCCUCUAUGGACGUUCAAACACACCCAGGACGCCUCAGUGCGCUGCAACGUCCCCAAGCUUGGCCUGGACAGCACGGUGCGGUUGGCGGGAGGCAGGGAGCCAGGUGAGGGCCGUGUGGAGGUACUGAUGGAUGUAGGGGGUCGUAAGAGAUGGGGGUCAGUCUGCAGUGAGAACUGGGGGAUCAACGAAGCCAUGGUGGUCUGUCGACAGCUGGGUCUGGGGUUCGCAUCUCGAGCACACCAGGAGACGUGGUAUUGGGCUGGGGAUCCUAACGCAGCAGAGUUGGUGUUGAGUGGAACCCACUGUGUCGGAAAUGAGCUGUCAAUCCAACAGUGUCGCCGUAACAACCACAUCCACUGUCCCCGGGGUGGCGGGACUAAGGCUGCAGGGGUCACUUGUUCAGAGACUGCCCCUGACCUGGUACUAGAUGCCCAACUGGUUCAGGAGACAGUCUACCUGGAGGACCGACCCCUACACCUGCUGACCUGUGCCAACGAGGAGAACUGUCUGUCGUCUUCCGCUGCCAGAAUGAACUGGCCCUAUGGACACCGCCGCCUGCUACGAUUCUCCUCCAGGAUCAUGAACACGGGACGGGCCGACUUCAGACCUAGCGCUACCAGGGAGUCUUGGACCUGGCAUGCGUGUCACAGGCACUACCACAGCAUUGAGGUGUUCACCCACUAUGACCUGCUGACUCUGAAUGGGACCAGGAUAGCAGAGGGACACAAGGCCAGCUUCUGUCUGGAGGAUACAUACUGCCCUGAAGGUCUGCAUAAACGUUUCUCCUGCUACAACAUGGGCGAGCAGGGUAUCUCAGUGGGCUGCUGGGACACGUACCGCCACGACAUCGACUGUCAGUGGAUCGACAUCACCGAUGUCAAGCCUGGAGACUACAUAUUCCAGGUGGAAGUCAACCCCUCAUUAGACAUGGCUGAGUCGGACUUCCAGAACAACGUGAUGAGAUGUCGAUGCAAAUACGACGGACGCAGAGCGUACAUGUAUGGAUGUCACGCAGGUGAUGCGUACAGUGCAGAGAUUGAGGACCUCUUUGAGCACCAAAGGCAGAUCUCCAAUAACUUUGUCUAGGCCCAUCCAGGGCCCAGCGUUGGCCCAGGCUGGUGCCCAGAAAAGAGGGUUCAGAGCUGGGGCCAAAACUGCCCUGGGAUCUGGAGGUCUGGUGGGUCGUGGGACUCCUGCCCCACAACACUAGGGGACUCACAAAAUGGUACCUGUCCACUGCCCUUACCUGCUGUGGACUACACUACCCAGAAUAAACCACAACUAUGAGUAGACCAUCACCCUGACUACAGCUUUCGACCCCAACAGCCAAUAGAAACUGAGAGCAGGACAGAUGUCACCAGGGAAACCAAAUGAUUUCAGUUAACAAUGGAGGGUUACAAUGAUAUGGAUUCAAUCAACAUUUGGGUAUUUUGUUAGUUUAUGAAUGUGUACUACUAGUAAUUUAGCUACUCAAAAUUUGUACUAAUUAAUUAAUUAAUUAAAAUUAAAGUUGAAAUUAUAAUUCUACAUCUAACAUACCAACCUGGUCAAAGAGCAUUUCGUAUGAUUAUGUAUGUAAAUCCCUGAUACUCCUUUUAGUAUGAUAUGUUACAUUUCGUAUGGUAUGUAUCAAUUUGUGGAUGUCCAUCAACAAUUUCAUAUACUUUGUUCAUAUUAUAUGUUAUGAAUGUUCUAAAUUCAAAAUAGGUUACGAAUUUACAAAACACAUGAUAUUUUAUGAAUUCUAGUAAAGUGGCUAGGUGGCUAAUGUUAGCUAGCUGGCUAACGUUAGCUAGGUGGCUAAUGUUAGCUAGGCUAGGGCUUAGGGUUAAGGUUAUGUUUAGGAGUUAGGUUAAAGGUUAGGGUUAGGGGAAGGGUUAGCUAAAAGGGUUAAGGUUAGGGUUAUGAUUAGGGUUGUCUAACAUGCUAAGUAGUAGCAAAGUAGCUAUAAGGUAGUAAGUAGUUAAAAAGUUGCUAAUUAGCUAAAAUAGUAAACUUGACUGUGAUGAGAUUCUAACUCGCAAACUAUGGGUUGCUAGACGUUUGCGUUAAAUGCCUACUGAUCCACCCUGACCAACCACCCAUACGCCCACCCUUCCACCCCAACCAACCACCCUACUUUCGUUUUUUGCCUUAAGUAACCAUCUGUCUUAUGUAACCAUACCAAACGUAACAUAUCAUAUCAUACUAAUUUGACUGUCCCGGAUUGAAGUUUACUAUGUUAAGUCUAGUCUAUGAGAACAGGCUGAAGAUAUGGAUGAUCCCGUAUGCCCAUGUCUCAGGAAAGGGGAAAGAAUGACUGAAAGAGUUCUGUAUUAUCUGUUUGACUGAUGGUCUGUCUAGACAGUGUCUCCUACAAUAUCGGUGCUGUUUGAUCAAAUCUCUACCUUCCAGUAGACUUUAGCGGUCUGCAGUUUUUUCAUCCAUAACCAGGGAUGAAAUAAAACCAGGAGUGUCCUUGAGUGGACCUCAAGGCCCGAGUUUGAAUACAUAGUUGGGUAUGAACAUUUAUCUUAGUUUUUACAAUUUAAUGAGUUGUUUUACUUUGUGCAGGUAUUGCCAUAUUUUAAAAAUAAUGACGAUAUACUGUAACUACAAUAGAUCUGAUACAACAAAACAAAUAUAGUUUAUUUAGUUAACAUUUCUCUCUUCGGUUUUAAAAUUACUAUAACAUGAGGUCAAAUAAUUUUCAUGGGAUGAUGCACUUUAUCUAUUGAACUAAUAUCAGUAUUUAGAAUUUUGACCAAGUCCCCCCUCCAUAGUUUAAUAUGAUCAGUCAUAAAAUGCACGGUUACCAUAUUAGGACAGCCUAGUCCUUCUGUGACUGAGGCUGUCCUAAUAUGUACUCUGUAAUGUUUGCUUUUGUGAUGUUAUCUCUUGAUACCUGCCAUGAAAAUGUUACUUUUGAUGCAGUUUACUGUCUGAUUUGCUGUAGUAACUGAAUUCCAAUGCCUUUGGUGCUCAUUUUGUCAUAACAUGUAAUGUAUCGUAUAUACUGCAGUUAAUUUAUUCAAGGCUACCAUUUGCAAUACUUUUUAUAUUGAUUAAACAUAUAAAACAAACACAUUU